UCACAGCAGUAGCAACACAGAUUGUGAUGAAAAAUGUAGAGAGUCCACCCGGGAGGAGAGACAGAGACUGAGAGAGAGCAACGCACAGAGUUACCCACCAAACCAUCACACUGCUUCUGUGUCGUGAACAUUUUGGCGCUUCUGCAAACGGGAAGAAAAGGGGCUGAUUCUGGGACUGACAGAAGAAAACUGAAGGAGAGUCGACAGGCGGGAUCGACGCCUUAAAAAACCGCCUGCUGCAGCUGUUUUUUUUUAUUUUGGAGGAGGUGUGUUUGUGUGUGUGUGUGGGGGGGGGAGGCCAGUAUGCCGGCAUUUUUUUCUUAUCCGUGCACCGUGAGAUUCUGCCGCCACGCAGGAACCCCCCACUGCAGCCGCUGCCGGUAUAUGAGCAACUUGAUGCGCUAAAGGUAACGCCGCUGAAUUUCGCUGCCUAUUUUCUUUCCUUGCAUCAAUUUGGUGCUGCGUGAAGCGAUGAUGAUGAUGAGGAUGAUGCUGCAUCGGCGGGCUUUGAAUGUGUGAAUCCUGUACGGGACUCUCCUCCUUCGCGAUGUAAAUUGGAGCCACUAAAGUCAAUUUUUUUUUUUGUUUGUACCCCCAGCUCUGCGUUAAUUACAGUGACAACAAUAAAAAGAUGCCCUUUUUUGACGCUUGGAGUGAGGAUGCCAGUGGCUGUGAUUGUGUCUCUCCUGCUGCGGCAGCUCCUCAGCUCAAGACAGACUCAAGUAGCCUUAGCUGAAGAGAAAAACAGCAAGCUGGCAAGUGCUGUAUCACCCAACACAAGCCGAAGGAGCCGGUGCAUGAAUGUGGGGAAGGGCAUCCAUCACAGCACAGCGCAGGGGCUUCCUAGGAACCGCCACAUCCCCACAUUCGUCUGAGGACCGCUGAGAGAUUACAACCCCCUCCUGAUGGUUGUUGGAGGGCAGCCCCGAUGCAUCUUGUGCGUGUGAAAACUCUCAGAGUCCACCUUUGCCAGCUCUGCAUCAACAGAAAGGAGACAGAGCAGACGGUAACUCGGCGUGUGUCAUGUUAGAGGCUGGACUCUUGCCUGCUCGCACCAGCUCUCUGCCAAAAUCUCUGACCUGCCCUGUCUGAGCCCUUUGCAUGAGCAUCUCUGCACUGCCACAACAGAACCAGUGGUUUGUAGACAUUACUGGCCAUUUUACUCCGCUCCUCACGCUCCUCCAACAACAAUAACAGAAAAAAGGCUCCCCACGUCUCUGACUGUCGGCGCAGCACAGAGCAGAGGUCAGGAUGCAGGUCUCCUUCGCAUGCACUGAGCACAACCUGAAGAGCCGCAGUGAGGACCGGCUCUGUGGCCUUCGCACCGCCCCACCUCCAGGAGGAAGCAGUGGAGGAGUCGGUGGAGGAGGUGGCGGUGGUGGUGGAGGAGGAGGUGGCGGUAGUGGAUCGGGAGGAGGUAGCAGCGGAGGAGGGGGAGGAGGUGGUGGUGGACAGGGGGGUAACGGUAACCACGUCUCCCAAGGUUCGGUGAAGAACAGGGAUGGCCCCGGGUCCCGGCAGACUCCACAGGGCCAUGCCCACAUGAAGGAGGCCAUCGGGCGGCACACCAACAUGAAGUACAGGAACCUGGGGAAGUCGGGCCUUCGUGUAUCCUGCCUCGGGUUAGGCACCUGGGUGACAUUUGGAUCUCAGAUCUCUGAUGAGAUGGCGGAGAACCUGAUGACCCUCGCUUUUGAAAAUGGAGUCAACCUGUUUGACACGGCAGAGGUCUACGCCUCUGGAAGAGCGGAAAUCACCCUAGGGAACAUUAUCAAAAAGAAAGGGUGGAGGCGCUCAAGUUUUGUCAUCACAACAAAAAUCUACUGGGGAGGCCAAGCAGAAACAGAGCGAGGACUCUCCCGAAAGCACAUUAUUGAAGGUUUACGAGGAUCCUUAUCAAGGCUCCAACUCGAUUAUGUGGACUUAGUUUUUGCCAACAGAAAUGACGUGAACAGUCCGAUGGAAGAGAUUGUUCGGGCCAUGACAUUCGUAAUAAACCAGGGCAUGGCCAUGUACUGGGGAACCUCCCGCUGGAGCGCAAUGGAGAUCAUGGAAGCGUACUCCGUUGCGCGACAGUUCAACCUGAUCCCACCUGUGUGCGAGCAGGCAGAGUAUCACUAUUUCCAGAGGGACAAAGUUGAGGUGCAGCUUCCUGAACUCUACCACAAGAUCGGUGUGGGGGCGAUGACCUGGUCUCCACUUGCUUGUGGAUUAAUCACAGGGAAGUACAGCGACGGCGUGCCCGAGUGCUCCAGAGCAGCGAUGAAGGGAUACCAGUGGCUGAAGGAGCGGGUGAACAGCGAGGAAGGCAGAAGGCAGCUGGCGAAAAUCAAGGAGCUCCAUCUACUGGCAGACAGACUGGGCUGCACCGCCGCACAGUUGGCCAUAGCCUGGUGUUUGCGAAGUGAGGGUGUCAGCUCUGUGCUUCUGGGUGUUUCUAACACUGACCAGCUACUAGAGAACCUCGGAGCUCUCCAGAUUUUAUCCCAAAUGACAUCGCAGACCGUUACUGAGAUCGACGCCCUGCUGGGAAACAAACCACACUCGAAGAAAGAGACGCGUGCUUGAAGAUGCAAAACAAACAGUGACAGAUGACGUUUCAUGACAGGAAAACCGUGGGAAUCUUCGCUUUUUGCUCUGCUGUAUACUCAAAUUGCAUGUUCUCCGCAACAUUAUGCUUCCAGUCUGCGCGCAUACCCAUUUUUGCGCAACAAAUUGUAUUAUGUACAACAACAACAAAAAAAAAAAAGAAAAUUUCUCUCAGCUGUAAAAAGAACAAAAAGGAUCAUAUGUUGCUCACUGUCAAUUGUUCGCAGACUUCAUAGACGCAAAGUGACUAGCUUCUGCGGCCCACAGGAACUGAGAAACCGUUGCAACUUUCAGCUGCAGUCAAAGCACAGGACAUGGCGCCAAAGUAGAAAAGAAAUCCCACCUUUUUGCUUGAAUGCAACAUUUCUGGUUAAACGGUGCUUUUGCUGGACGUGCGGGUCUGCUCCCCCUCGCAGAGAGACAGAGGUUAGCACCCAUGUGUCUAGCUGAACAUUUCCCAUCAUGUGCAUGUGACUGGUCUGCAACGCUCACUGCUUUGCAGGGUUGGGAACAUUGGGUUGCUUGGGAAAUAAAAAUAAAUAAAUAAAUCAUCAUACAGUCUAGUUUAAGAAAAAAAAUUUUUAAAAAUCAUCAAGCAGUACAAAAUUAACCAUUUAUUUUCAUUAGCAAAAGUCACUUAAAAACAUGCAAACAGAUGUUAUUAGUGGGUGCAGUUUAUGAAGACUUUCCCAACCCUGCUGCUUUCCCAGAAGUCUUUUUGCCUCCUCUGUUUGUAAACUGUGCGCAUGUCCCUUUAAGAGAGGAUCAGCCCCAAUCGGGCGUAAAUGUGGCAUGGCUUUUAUGGCUUAUGUAGAUUUGCAGUGCCCUUGUAAGCCAAUGUUUUGUUUCGUUUUUUCUUUUAUUACUCGAGUAGUCCUGCAGUGUGAUCCAGCACCCUGCUGCUGAGGCCUCGCUUUACAGAGUCCCAGCAAUCCUGGGACACGGCCGUGUCCAUCUGACCUUUGACCUAUACCCUUUGUAUUGUCUGGAACUGUACAGGAAAGUACAGACAAAAAGUGUCAAUACUGUAAAGACUGUACUAAAAUAAAAGGUUUAAGGUAGCUGAAGAGCAGGAAGGUGACAGCUCUGGACACACUGUGGUAAAACUGUACUUUUCCAACUGUAGG